GUGAUCGUCCAGCAGCGGACCGGCGAUUUACUGGUCGUGGCCGCGGCGACGGCGUGGGCGGCGUACAUCGUGCUCACGGCGGCGAUCCCGCCGGACGCGGGCGCGCUCGAGGUGCAGGCCCGCAAGAACCUCGCCUGCGCCGGGUUCUACGCGCUGAGUGGAAAUUAAAUUUCGGGCGCCCCACGCCAUCGACGCGAUGUUGUCUACACAGGUUCUACGGCAUCUGCUGGGCCUCGUCCGCGUCCGUCGAGGCCUCGGGCGCCUGGACGCCGCGCGCUUUAUUGGUUGUAGCCUACUGCGCCCUGGUCCCAGGAGCGCUCGCGGACGUGCUGCAACAAGGAGCCCAGGCCGCGAUUCACGCGCCGGCGCGCCAAUCGCCCUCUCAUCGGCCGAUCUGGGCGGCGCUCCUCGCGGCGCCGGUGCUCGGCGAGGCCUCACGGCACGCGUCGGCGGCGGCGGCGCCCUGAUCUUCGCGGGC